AGAGCCAAGAUUGAAGAGCGGGUCUCAAUUCUAGGUAUACUCAAGACCAGGGUCUUUAUAUAUUGAUCACAUACAGAAAUCGUUCUUAUCUUUAGUCUCUUCACAAAGAUACUAUUCAUUCAAUUCCCACUAAGAAAAUGGCGGAAGGAGCUUUGGUCGGCGUUGCUAAGGGAAUCACAGAGAAAGCGAGCAACCUCUUAGCCCAAGAGAUUGUACUACUCUGGGGCGUCAAAGACGAGAUCGAAAGGCUCGGCGACACAGUUUUGACAAUCAGUGCUGUGAUUGAGGACGCAGAGGAGGAGCAGCAUCACAACAAUCAAGUCAGAGUGUGGCUGAAAAGGCUGAACGAUGCACUUUAUGAAGCGGACGACUUGCUGGAUGACAUCUCCACCGAAGCUUUACGACGGGAAGUGAUGACACGGAAUAAGAAAGCAAAAGAGGUACGCAUCUUCUUUUCCAAAUCCAACCAGCUUGUAAAUGGUCAUAAAAUGGGUCAUAAGGUUAAGGCAAUGAGGGAGAGGCUAGAUGCCAUCAAAAACGAUAAGGGGUUCCACUUAGAUGAGCGUACACAAGCGAGGAAUUAUAGGGUGAGAGAAACUCAUUCUUUUGUUCGUACUGAAGAAGUUAUUGGGAGAGAAAAUGAUAAGAGAGAGAUUAUCAGAAUUCUAUUGGAUAGCAAUGUUGAAGAGAGUGUUUUGAUCCUCCCGAUAGUCGGACUUGGAGGACUAGGAAAGACGGCAUUAGCUCAACUCGUAUUCAAUGUUAAAGAAAUCCAAAAUCAUUUUGAGCAAAAGCUUUGGGUGUGUGUCUCUAAUGACUUUGAAUUAAAAGUAAUUGUUAAGAAAAUUUUAGAGUGCACAAAAAAUAUGAAACAAGAAGACCUUGAAAUUAACACAUUGAUUAAUGAUCUUAAGAAAGAAAUUGAUGGAAAGCGUUACCUACUUGUGUUAGACGAUGUAUGGAAUGAGAAUCCUCAAAAAUGGCUUAGCCUAAAAGAUCUUUUAAUGGGUGGAGCAAGAGGUAGUAGGAUAUUAGUGACUACACGCAUUAAGAAAGUGGCAGAGAUUACGAAAACUGUUCAACCAUACAUGUUAAAGGGUUUAGAUAAAGAAAAGUCUUGGUGUUUAUUUAAGCGGUUUGCAUUUGCAAAUGGACAAGAUUUACAGAAUCCUUACAUUAAGGAAAUUGGAAUGGAAAUCAUUGCAAAGUGUAAAGGAGUCCCUCUUGCCAUAAGGACACUAGGAAGUGUAUUGUACUUUAAAAACCCAGAAAAAGAAUGGUUGUCUUUUAAGAAUGAUGAACUUUCAAAAGUAGCUCAAAAAGAAAAUGAUUUCCUACCAUCACUUAAACUAAGUUAUGAUCAUCUUCCAUCAUAUUUGAAGCAAUGCUUUGCUUAUUGUUGUUUAUUUCCGAAGGAUUACAAAAUUCAUAAACCAACAUUGAUUAAAAUGUGGAUGGCGCAAGGAUUCAUUAGGUCUUCAAGUCAAAACCAAUGCUUGGAAGAUAUUGGUCAUGAGUAUUUUAUGGAUUUACUUUGGAGAUCAUUCUUUCAGGAAGUUGAAGAAGAUGGGAGUGGAAAUAUAUUAAAAUUCAAAAUGCAUGACCUCAUGCAUGAUCUUGCAAAAUCGGUAGCAGCAUCUGAUAAUGCCACUUUUUAUUCAAAAGAGGAAGGCAUUCAAGAGAAAACUCGCCACAUAUCAUUUGAUAGAACGUUUCUUUCAUCAUCAGGAAUUCCAUUCUCAUUGUAUAAAGCAAGUAGGAUAAGAACAUUUGUUUUGCUAAGUCAAUCACAACACCCAAGAUUGGGUAAGUCAACUUACAAUGCAAUUGUUUCAAGAUUUAAGUUCAUACGCUUGCUGGAUCUACAUGAUAUGGGUAUUAAAAUAAUUCAGAGUUCCAUCGGGAAGUUAAGGCAUUUAAGGUACCUCGAUCUAUCUUCUAAUUCUAUUAGAAUGCUUCCUAAUUCCAUCACAAGAUUGCAUAAUUUGCAAACACUAAGACUCUCUCGAUGUCCAAUUAAAGAAUUGCCUAAAGAUAUUAACAAAUUAGUCAACCUCAGGUAUCUUGAGAUUGAUGAGUGUAGGCGUUUGACUCAUAUGCCACGUGGACUGGGGCAGUUGACUAAGCUUCGGACAUUGUCACAAUUUGUGGUAGCUAAGAAUAGUUGUUUUCCCUUCUGGCGCAAUGGUGGAUUGAAGGAACUCUAUGGGCUAAACGAGCUGAGAGGAACUCUACAGAUUAGGAGAUUGAGACAUGGGAAAGAUGCUUUAUUAGAAUCUAAGGAUGCAAAUAUGAGAGAGAAACAACAUCUUCAAGGCCUGACGUUGAGGUGGAUAAAAGAAGAAGUGGAUGAGUCCAACGUUUGUUAUGAUGAAGAGUCACUUGAAGCCUUGUACCCACAUUCAAAUCUUCACGAAUUGCAUUUACUGCGAUAUGGGGGAGUGAAAUUUCCAAGUGGGACUUCAUCACUUUCAACUCUUGUAAACUUUUCCCUAAAUAAUUGUAACAAAUGCCAACAUCUUCCACCAUUGGAUCAAUUUCAUUCUCUCAAAAGUCUCUCUCUUGAAUGGAUGAAUGAUUUAGAGUACAUAUUAGAGAAAGAUGACAACUGUGGGUUCUUUGAUUCUUCGUUUCUCCCAUCUCUAGAGCAACUCCAAAUUAAAUAUUGUCCAAAUCUAAAAGGAUGGUGGCAACGACAGAGGGAUUCUGUUGAGGAGGUCGAUAAUCAUUCACUGCCUUCAUUUCGUCGUCUUUCCAACUUAGUUAUUUGGCAUUGCCUUAAGCUGACAUCCAUGCCUCUAUUUCCAUAUCUCAAAAAGCUAAAGCUGGGUAUGUGUAGCUUGAAGCCAUUGGAGCAAACAUUGAGGAUGAAGUUGACAAACAUGGCAACCCUAGAGAGCCUAACAUCAAUAGCAACAUCAACCUCUUCUUCUUCUACAAUUGCUGAUUCCUCGUUUAUCCCUCUCUCCAAAUUAAAGUUUAUGACAAUUGUGAAUAUGGAGGAAACUUUGCCCAAAGAGCUGAUGUGCAAUCUCAUUUCUCUCCAAGAUUUAAGUUGUGGUCCUCUCCCUCUCUCUCAACAUCUCAUUGCUCUUCGGCGUUUGAUAAUUAAUGGUUCUAACGAGUUUGAUAUAAUAAACAAUGGAGAUGAGAUGGAAUGGCAUGGCCUUCAGAGGCUUCACUACCUAAAGUUCUACAACAUUCCAAAUUUGGCCACUCUACCAGUGGGGAUUCAACAUCUCACGUCUUUACAAAGAUUCAAGAUUUAUGAUUGUCCAAGUUUAUUGGCUAUACCAGAGUGGAUCGGUAACCUCACCUCUUUGCAAUCGCUAAAAAUUCGGAGUUGUCCCAUCUUAUUGGAAAGAUGCAAGAAGGAAGCGGGUGAAGAUUGGCCUAAGAUUGCUCACAUCCCACACUUGGAUAUAUAGUCAGAUGAAGCACCUACUCUGAGGAUUUGGAGCUUAAUCAAAGCUUUUGGGUGCUGCGAUUGCUCAACAAGUCAACAAACUCAUCAUUGCAGGUUGCCCUGGGCUAAGAUCAUAAGCUGAUGUCAAUGGUCAAAGUAGUACCCAAAGAAAGGAACUAUUCAUUUUCCUGAUAGUUGCCUUUCAGUUAUUGUAUACUCCUACUGGUUAGAUUUUAUGAAGGUAAUAAAAUACAGGUGUUUAGUUCAAAAAAUAAAGUGUUUUAUUUUGGUUAAAGCACUAUUGUUGUUGUGACAGGAAGGUUAGGGGAGGAAGAGUUUUCUUUUUGGAUAUGCUUCAUAAUAUUCAUUAUAAUUUAUUACAAAACUAGAUAUAAUGUGUUGAUUACUGUUAUUGUCAAUAUAGACUUAAUAUCAACUAUUGUUUCUCUUAGCAUUAGCAUCAGAACCAGAUACAUCAUUUCAUUUUUUGUAGCAGCAGACUUUUCAUUUUUGUAGCAGCAGACUUUGGUCACGCUGAUUUAUUUAGGCAGCUCUCCAUAACAAUUUCUGCCAUCUCUUAAAUUUUGUGACACUUUGAUUAAGAGAAGAAUUCAAAUAAUUUGAAUAAAGCAGCUAGUGAUGACCACAUUAAAUUUUAGAAAGCAUGACCCUUGCAUUAAAAUAUGAUCUAUGAAAAGUAAUUUCAGUUUUCUUUGCGUGAAUCAUCCAUGGAGGUAAGUCAUAUACAGUAUCAUAAGUUCCUAACUUCCCCUUUAGAGACCUUUUUGUCAUUUGACUCUUCCCUCUUCACGACCUGAUUCUGAUUGGAUUUUCAUAGUAUCACCCUAGCUAGUACAGUUUAGCUUUAACUAUUGAGGCGAAUGGGCAACCAGAUUUUUCCCAUUUCUUUUGUUGGGGUGUGAUGAGAGGGGCAUGGGGGAGAAAGAAAGAAAGAAAAAUGCUUUCUGGUAGAGAAUACAAAAAUCCCAAUGAAUUCUUUCUUCAAAUGAGGAAUUAAUUCUAUGAAUAUCAGUCUAGCUCUAUCUUUAUUUUUCCCUUCCAUCAGGUAUGGUGAGUUUAUCGAUAACUGGAUUUUAGCAUAAGCUUGAGGAGUAUUGAAUACUGAAGCCGACAAGCUUAAGAGUGCAUGUUUCUUCAAACCUAGCUGCUAAUAAGAUUAUGCAGCAUACUAUUAGAAAAGGAACGGUAACUAUCUCAUUUAUUACCAAAUUUAAUAUUUUCUCAUAAUUUAGGUUUCAUUUUUUUGGAAAUUUUUUUGCAAUAUGGUUGGCAUAUUUUUAGUUUCCUCUCUUGUUCUGUUUUCAUUUCAUUCUUAAACAGAGCUUUGGUAGGUUCUAAUGAAUGAAGAGCAUAGCUUGUUGUUAGAGCAGACUACAGAGUACCCCCUGAUUUCAUAGAUAGCUUAAUUUCAUGGUAAAUGAUUCUUGGACUUUUUACCACUUGUGACGUUUUUUUAGUCAUAAAUGUUAUUUUUUGCGCUUCUCAAAGUAUAACCUUUAUUCCUACAUAACAGUAUUCUUAAAGCUUCUCAUAGAAAUCAAUCACAAGAACUCUCAAGAGAAAUAUUUUAAUCUGGACUAUAGAUGCCAUUAGUUACUACAACAGGUUUUGAUAUUAUUAUUUUCUCUAUUUUUGCAUAUAUUUCAAUGAGAAAGCCAUCUGAUCUUGCUCUCACAGAAAAGUGGUUGAUAUACAACUUACUUAAGAAAAUAAGAGAUUAGCAUUGUCAGGAGCCAUGUUCAACUGACUAACUGAUUUGCAGGGAAAAUACAUGAAUUUCCAAUGAGAUGGUCAUUAAGCCUUUCCAUGAACAACGCUUGCUUGGUGAGUGCAUUUAGUUCAUUAGCAUGGCAUUAGGUUUCAUCUUUGAAAUCACCUUACAUUUUUAAGGAUGCUUGGCAUACAAAAUAAUCCAGCUGCGGACAAUUAAAGUUUUGACACCUAUGACAUAUCAUUUUAAUCCAGCAUCUUUUAGUCUCAAUAACAGGAACUCAUUAGUUUUCACAAGGCUUUAAAUGGAAUGCUAAAUAAUCACAUGCGUACUGGCAUUGAUUGCCUACUCUUGAACUAAAUUUUACUGUCUUUAUGAGUGGACUACUGGUAUUGGCAGACCUACAGUUCCUUCUCUUUUGUAGACAUUGAUUAUUUAAUUUUAGCUUGUAAUUCUUCAGAGGGUUUCUAUGAUUACUGCUUGCAUGGGUGGUGGUCUACUCUUAUUAAUUAAUUUUUUAUUAAUUAUCCAAAAAGAAAAAAGAUGGCUAAAUAAUUAUAGCUAUCAAACAAAAGACAACAAAUGAGUACUCUACCUACUGUUUGGAUCCUUCUCUCUUCAUGUUGCUCAUAUUAAUUUUCCAAUAUGUUCAUUUUCUAGGUAGUGGUUCUUGUAUUGGUGAGUAUCAGCAUUGAGCACAUGUUCCAGAAGUUUCAUUCUAUGAAUCAAGUUAUGUAUUUCAACACUUUUCUAGACAGAAAUUUGCUUUCAAGGCAAAGAAAUUGUGAAAUGUUCCCAGUAUGUCAAAUGAAAUUGCUGCACAGAUGACUACAAAGGUUUCCAACAACAAUAUUCUAUGGUAGCAUCAUUUUAGAACCAAUGGAAAAAUAGGCUUCUGAACUCCUAUUGUCUCAACUGAUUAACAAGCGGAUUAGAGAGUUUUCAAUUGAUCAGACUAUUUGUGUUUUGUGUCUUAAAGAUUUUUGGCUUGUUGUUACUGGAGAUUUUAUUGGUCCUCCUCAGUGAUUAGAUGACAAGAGCAACAAAUAUCAUCUCACAGCACUGAGGUCCACAACCUUGGAGGACUUGUGCUUUUGUUCAGUAGAGUGGAAAAUAAGGAUAAGUGGAUAUAAUAAAAGAACGACAUCAAUUUUUUGAUUCGUAUUUGGGUGGCUGCGUCUGCAUAACUUGCAAGUUGUCUUUUGAUAGUCUUCCAUGUCUUAUGAUAGCUUGUUGAUGAUGCAACUAGUUGCUUUGCAGCUAAAAGCCUAAAACCAAGAAGAGAAUAUAGUUGAAGGAAGCAAUUGAAGGCGUUCUUGUUUAUUCCAUGUAGUCGAAGACCUAACAACCAUCAAGAAGAGCUGCCCUAUUUCCAACUGGGAGGUAUAUUCUUAAGGGAUUCAAGCACCAAUGUCAAGUGUGAAAGUCAAAUUUGAGUCAUAUCUGACUUGGACUCCUUUUGUUGACUUGGGCUAGGACUCUAUUCCCUUUUGGUUUGGUAUUUUAAUUAAGUACAGGGUACUGUACUUGGUUUAGGAUUUGAAUAAUUAUACUACUACACCUCGACUUGGUGUGUGCUCUUUAUGAAAUAUCAUCUCAGCCUUGACUCUUGUAAACUGAGAGAGUGAGAGUUCUUAGUGAAACUUUCUUGACACUGCCCGUGGAUGUAGGCCUAGGCUGAACCAUGUAAAUCUUGUCUUCUUGUGUGAUUUUUUCUUUUAUUUUU